AUGGAGGUCAGCGUGAAGCUAGUUUGGACUGUUUGGUUUAGUUUGGUUUGGUUUGGUUUGGUUUGGUUUGGUUUGGUUUGGUUUGGUUUGGUUUGGUUUGGUUUGGUUUGGUUUAGUUUAGUUUAGUUUGGUUUGGUUUGGUUUGGUUUGGUUUGGUUUGGUUUGGUUUGGUUUGGUUUGGUUUGGUUUGGUUUGGUUAGGUUUGGUUUGGUUUGGUUUGGUUUGGUUUGGUUUGGUUUGGUUUGGUUAGGUUUGGUUUGGUUUGGUUUGGUUUGGUUUGGUUUGGUUUGGUUUUUGGUUUUGGGUUUGGGUUUUGGGUUUGGGUUUUGGGUUUGGUUUGGUUUGGUUUGGUUUGGUUUGGUUUGGUUUGGUUUGGUUUGGUUGGUUUCUUUCUUUUGGUUUGGUUUUGGUUUGGUUUUGGUUUGGUUUUGGUUUGGUUUUUGGUUUUGGGUUUGUUUUUGGGUUUGGGUUUGGUUUGGUUUGGUUUGGUUUGGUUUGGUUUUGGUUUUGGUUUGUUUUGUUUUGUUUGUUUGUUUGUCUGUGUUUUUUGUUUGUUGCUAUAAUAUCCCUCUGGCUAGGCCUGACUUUUUGCCGUCCGAGAAAAAAAGCACCGUAACUAAUGCAAUGAUAUUUGUAUUUAUUUGCAGGGAUCACAAGACGUCCAAGGUAAGAAGAGUACAUUCAUGAUAAAAUAUAUAAAAUAUAUUCAAGUGUAUUUUGAUUCACAAAAUGCCAGAUAGUACUUGAUAUGAUAAAGAUAGAACAAAUAGUUUCGCUUGAGCCUAGUUUACACUUUCAAUUUUUCUGUGAUCACAGUAGCAAUUUUGAUUUGGUAAAUUCCAAGUUUUGACUGAUUUGUAUCUUUGAGGGGCCUAACUCAGUGUUGAACAUUGAAUCAGUUUCCUCAAAGACAUCUCACAAAUCCUUCAAAACUUAGAAUUUAACAAAGCAAAAUAGUGUAAACCAGGUUUUACGAAAUGAAAUAAUUUCGCCUAACUGUCGAGCUUUCAUUUACAGGGAGACGUAAACGCCGUGACACGACAGCAUCCGUAGACUACGGCGCAUGUUCAGUUCGUGUCAUAGAUUACGAGGACAAAGGCGCGACAUUAGACAUGACUAUCGUGUUGGUUUGCAAGAAAUCGCCUAACAGGAUGUUUGUAUGCAACGCCAUGUUGACUGAAGGAAAGGUUCAGUCAUGUACUGGUGAUGAUGGUAAUCGUAUCACGAGACCACAAACCACAGAAACUCCUCUACCUAAUGGCAUCGAGUAAGGGAAUUUCUUCAUACUACAUAAAUGAUUGUCCAUUUUACUUGUGGUAAUAGACAAUUUUCAUUAUAGACUAAUUUUAAAACUAGGCAAGGAGAAUCACCACAGCUAGAAAGAGCGUACUAAAAUGAGUAAAAUUACGAAGUUUGGUUGCGAAAUGUUGUAAAAUGCGAAAAAUAUAGCCUUGCAAAGUUUGCAAGUGUUGUAUACUUUUUGUAUUGCGUGUGGAAAUUCCUACCGCAUUUGGGCCGAAAAUGGUAGCAAUUUCCGCACGCAAUACAAAAGUAUACAAAAUUUGCAAACUUUGCAAGGCUAUAUUUUCCGCAUUUUACAACAUUUCGCAACCAAACUUUGCAAAUUUACUCAUUUUAAUGUGUUCUUUCUAGCUGUGGUGAUUUAUUUGCAUCUCCUUGCCUAGUUUUGAAAUUAGUCAACAAUGGAAAUUGUCUAUUUAUUCAUACUGGAUACUUGUAGGAAAUUUGAGCUAAUUUAACCCAUACAUUUACCAAUUUAUCUAUUUUAAUUUGUUAGUGUGACCGUUGUUUUUAUCGCUCGCAAUACCAACAACGAAGAUGUCACAGCUACCCAAACAAUUGAUGUUCUGAACAGUCAAAGUAUUUUGGAGAAACUUCGGAAGAAUGGCAUGACUGUUACUGACAUCCGAGGUGAGAUGACGUUUAAAAAACAAGAAUGAGCUACCAGUUGGGACACGUGUUUAGAAAAGUUUCUGCUACCUGCUUUAGAAGGACCAUUUUCUACAUUUGUUCAAAGGAAAAAGCUAAAAUGUUUCUAAUUAUAUUGUUUUAUUUCUGUUUCUUAAUAGCACGAACUCCAAAUAAAGCCAAAAGAGGUAUUUAUUCUAUUUGGACUUCAGUCUAGUUAAGUUGAAAAUCAGUCUUUAAGAUUCUAAGAAUAUUUCUCUUAUAACUUUUUUCAUAAUUCAGAAUCGGAUAAUUUGUCCGCUGGUGUGAUUGCUGGUAUUAUCAUAGCUGUAAUUCUUCUCCUUAUGGUGGCUGCAAUGAUUUUAUUCGUCUUUAUGCGAACAAGGUAUGUUAAAUGUCCAAAGAGUUGAGGUUUACUACUAUCGCAUUAUAUAUAGUGAUCAUCAUCAAGUAGAAAAUCACAAUCUAAUCAAUCAAUCAGUGAUUCACUCAAGCAUGCAAUCAAUGAUCAUUAGAAUAAUCAAGUGAAUCGAUUCACAAUCAAAAUUGCAAUCGAUCAAAGAUUCACCCAACAAGAUUCACUCAAGCAAUUGUCUAAUCAAUCAAUCAAGCAGUUGGUUUCAACCACAUCCAUUGAUCAAUCAUCCCAAUCCAUUAUAUCACCAGCAAGAUAUUCAUUUAAUUAUCCAUUAUUCACGCAAUUCGUCACUCAAAGUAAUUCAUCACAAUCAUUUAACAAAUAAUUAACAUAAUUAUUAAUCUAAUGAAUCAUUUAACGCGAUUACAAUCAAUUAACAAAAUCAAAUAAUGUUAUUACUAAUCUAAUUAAUCAUCUAACUCGACAGCAUUGAAAUAAAUCUUUAACUUCUUAAUAAUUAAUAAUCGGAUUACAAACUAAUCUACCAACAAAUUAUCUCUGAUAAUUAAUUGAUGAUCUCUGAUUACUCGCUAAUGAUCUCUAAUUACUUACUAGUGAUGCAUGAUUAUUCAUUAAUUAUCUUCAAUUACUAAUUGCUAAAUAAUAGUUUCUGAUUGCUCACUAAUAAUUUAUUAGAUCACUAAUAAUUUAUUUAGCUCAUUAAUUAAUUAUCUUCGAUUAUACACCAAUGAUAUCUGAUUAUUCACUAAUGAUAUGUGAUUAUUCGCUAAUAAUAUGUGAUUAUUCGCUAAUAAUAUCUGAUUACGUACUAAUUAUCUCCUAUUAUGCACCAAUUAUAUCUGAUUAUUCAUUAUUGAUAUCUGAUUAUUGACUAUAGAUAUCUAAUUAUUUACUAAUAAUAUCUGAUUAUUCACUAAUGAUAUCUGAUAACUCACUAAUGAUAUCUGAUUAUUUACUAAUUGUCUCCGAUUACGCACUAAUGAUAUAUGAUUGUUCACUGAUGAUAUCUAAUCACACACUAAUGGUAUCUGAUUAUUCACCACUAAUAUCUGAUAAUUUACUCAUCUCCGAUUACGCACUAAUGAUAUUUGAUUACGCACUAAUGAUAUUUGAUUACGCACUAAUGAUAUCUGAUUAUGCACUAAUGGUCUCUUGCACAAAUCAUCAGCACCGUUAUUGAAUAUUCGAAAAUCAAUUCAAAGAGGAAAUCGUGAUUAUAACUGAUUUGAUUCAUUGCACGGAGGUAAAUGUCUGAAAAUUCCAAAACAAGUUCAUCUCCUGCUUCGGCAGGAUUUCUUAACCAUAACCGCAUUUUUAAACAGGAGAAAUAAGGAUAGAGAUUUUAGUAUUGGAGUCCGUGCGAUCCUCACGCCCAAUUCCAAGAAGAACAAACGUAGCCCACGCCGUGAUAUUUCCAUGAAAGAGAUAAACGAUACCGAAAUGCGUGGAAUUGGCAACAAAAUGUUCUCGAAUCUCGAAAAUGAGCGACGAGAUUCAGACGUCAAUGAUGGCUCAUUUAUGGUUAACAUUCCCAAGUCUAUCUCCAAAACGAAUCUUGUUGAACCUGAUUAUAUGAACGAGGUAAGAAGAUAAAUUAAGAUGUUUGUGAAACCAUAUAGUCGAUCGAGACAUAGCGCUGUAUUCAAGUUAAACACUUUCUCAUAAUGUUGCUCAGUUCAGGUUCCUUCUGUAGUAGCACUGGACCAAUAAAAUGGGGUUAAUUCUAGUGACUUUCUUGGACCUCUAGAUAGAGAUAGAUAGAUGUUUUUAAUUGAAAAAGCCUUGCAGUCAUAGGUUGAAUUAUGUUUAUCAAUUAAAGGUCUAAUUACUGUAGCUAUAUUACACCAAUAUUGCAAAUUACAUAAAAUCAACUAAAACUUGGUGAACAAAAGACAAGAGCAUACUCUAAAAGACGAUUAUUAAAAUGGUCAGUUCUACUGUUUAGUGUUAUUCAAAUUGGCUAGAAUUUUAGUGAACUAGCAAUAAAAAAAAAUGUUUUUUAAAUUGCAUAAAGUCCAAUUACUGUAGCUACAUUAGAUCUAUUGUAUUAUAUUAAUAUUACAAAUUACAUAAAACCAACUAAAGUUUGGCGAACAAGAGGCUACUCUAGGGAGUUUAGAACUGUUAGUGUAGUGUAGAAUAUUGGAAUUACUUUCACUUACAUUCUAAAAAUCGUAAAUAUAGUUUUUUCUACGGGGGGGGCAGUUGCCUUUCCGCCCCCCGUUGUGUACGGCCCUGAUUACUUUUACUGCACCUUCAAUUUUCUUCUAACAAAUCUAUUCCAUUGUGUUUUAGCUCGAAACUGCAGGAUGGUUUCACGGAUCGAUUUCCCGAAACAAAGCAGAGGAUAUCUUGGAAAUGAAGGAAACGGGUGGAUCAUAUUUAGUUCGCGCCGGAAUAGACAAGGGGGAGUUUUAUGUUACGGCCAGGAUCUCCGAUGAUGGGUCGAAGUAUCGCCAUAUUGCCGUGAAUCGUCAUGACGAUUGCUUCGUCGCCGUAUGUGGCCCCGAGGCCCAGGCAAUGAAGUUCACGACCUUUCACGAACUCCUCGAGUAUUUACGAUCAACUCCCACGCGUUUCGAAGACACCGACUCGGAGUUGUUACUGAAGGAUUAUAUUGGAAAAGACGGGGAUUAG